GUGGAGGGCGCGGUUGGGCCCGCGGCUGGAAGCGCGAGGGGCCGUGCGGUGGUUGAUUCCCGUCCCGACGCAGGCCAUGGCGAGCACGCUGGCUGCGCCCCGGCUGCCUCCGCACGACCCGAGGACGCCGGCUCUGUCGGUGGUGGACAUGCACACGGGCGGCGAGCCCCUGCGCAUCGUGCUGGCGGGGUGUCCGGAGGCGGUCGGCCCCACGCUGCUGGCCAAGCGGCGCUACAUGCGCCAGCACCUCGACCACGUGCGGCGACGGCUCCUGUUCGAGCCUCGGGGGCACCGGGACAUGUACGGGGCCGUGCUGGUGCCCAGCGAGCUGCCGCACGCGCACCUGGGCGUGCUGUUCCUGCACAACGAGGGCUACAGCUCCAUGUGCGGCCACGCGGUGCUGGCGCUGGGCCGCUUCGCGCUCGACUUCGGGCUGGUGCCAGCGCCCCCGGCCGGCGCCCGCGAGGCCCUGGUCAACAUCCACUGCCCGUGCGGGCUGGUGGCCGCCUUCGUGGAGUGUGAGGGCGGCCGCAGUCGCGGCCCGGUGCGCUUCCACAGCGUCCCGGCCUUCGCGCUGGCCACAGAUCUCCUAGUGGAUGUUCCUGGUCAUGGAAAAGUGGUGGUGGACAUUGCAUACGGUGGUGCGUUUUAUGCAUUUGUUAGUGCUGAAAAGUUAGGACUCGAUGUUUGUUCCACAAAGACAAGGGACCUCGUGGAUGCAGCAAGUGCAGUGACAGAAGCAGUGAAAGCUCAGUUUAAAAUUAAUCAUCCUGACAGUGAAGACCUUGCCUUUCUAUAUGGAACUAUAUUAACAGAUGGAAAAGAUGCUUAUAGUGAGGAACCAACCACCAACAUCUGUGUGUUUGCAGAUGAACAGGUUGACAGAAGUCCUACCGGCUCAGGAGUGACAGCCCGAAUUGCCCUACAGUAUCACAAAGGGCUUCUAGAACUGAACCAGACCAGAGCCUUUAAAAGCAGUGCAACCGGCUCUGUAUUCACAGGGAAGGCUGUGAGGGAGGCAAAAUGUGGUGAUUUUAAAGCUGUUAUAGUGGAAGUAUCCGGACAAGCCCAUUACACAGGUACAGCAAGUUUUGUAGUAGAAGAUGAUGACCCACUGAAGGAUGGAUUUCUUCUUAAAUGACUUACAUGACCUUUAAGGGCUUUCUUUAAAUUGUUGUCAGUAAUUUUUCUCUGAAUUAUGUGGAAAACUAUAUCCAAAUUGUACAUGUAAGCCAACUAACAUGCUUUCUGAAGUAGGACACUGUGGCUAAAUGUGAAGUCAUUAUUCCUCAAUUUGCACAUGUAUAUUGGUAUAAGUAUCACUUACAGAAUACAAAAUGCCCCACAUGCAGAAUACUUUUCUAAUUAUUAACACAUCAGGUAAAAUUAAAACCUUAAUUCUUGUUACUUUUAAAAUAUCACCCUGUGGUAAUUACUACCAUAUUUUAAGUGCCCUCUGAAUAAUAGCUUGACUUGCAGCCCUCCCUACAAAUAAUGUAAAGUAAUGAGUUUUACAAGUU